CACUGUUCCCGGUUAAUCCGCCAUAUUUCCACAAGUCGCGUCGUUAAUAAUGGCGGAUAACGACAUAGAUUUAUACGCAGACGACAUUGAUCAAGAUUUUGCACAGGAUGAUUUCAGUGGAGAUAACGUAGACCUUUAUGACGACGUUAUAGCGGCCCCAUCGGCCGUAAAUAACUCAGAUGCAGAAACGAAUCAUCAAACUCCUUCGGGAGGAGGAGGAGGAGGAGGAGGAGAAGAAACAAACGGAAACGCGUUCUCCUCCUCAGGAAACAGCAUACAAAACAACUCUUCCGGAAGACGGCUUCAGUUGUAUGUUGGAAAUUUGACAUGGUGGACAACAGAUCAAGAUAUAACGAAUGCAGUCCACGACAUUGGCGUGAACGAUUUCCACGAAGUGAAGUUCUUCGAGCACCGCGCCAACGGGCAAUCGAAGGGGUUCUGCGUGAUAUCGAUGGGCUCCGACCAGAGCAUGCGGCUCUGCAUGGACCUGCUGCCGAAGAAGGAAAUCAACGGCCAAACCCCCGUCGUAACCGCUCCCACAAAACAGGCUCUCAGUAACUUCGAAAGUCAGUCAAAAACCCGUCCCUCACCCACCAACAACUCCAACUCGCGCCCCCAACACCCUAAUCACAGUAACAAUUCCAUCCAUCCAGGUAACAUGCAGAACUUCGGCGGCAGGCAGCCGAUGAACUCGCCGAUGCGCGGCCCCAUGCCGCCGGGGAUGGGGCCGGGAGGGCCCCGCAUGCAGGGCCCGCCCGGCUUCAACGGCCCGCCGCAGGGCCAGGGCCCGCCCCGCUUCCAGGGCCAGCCGCAGUGGAACGGCCCGCCGAGGCCCAACGGCCCCAACAUGGGGCCGAUGAGGCCCGGCGGACCGCCGCCGGGACAGCAGGGACCGCCCAGGCCGCCUAUGUACCAGGGGCCGCCGCAGGGCCAGCAAAUGCCGCCCAGGAACAUGCAGAACCAGAUGCCGCCCAACGGCGGCAUGCGGCCCGACUGGAACCGCCCGCCCAUGCAGCAGGGGUUCCCGCAGGGCCCGCCGCACAUGCAAGGCCCCAACAUGGGCCCGCGCGGACCGCCGCCCAUGGGCGGUCCGCCGCCGCCGCAGGGCCCGCCGCAGGGUCCUCCCGCCCCGCACGUCAAUCCCGCCUUCUUCCAGCAGGGGGGCGGCCCGCCGCCGCCCAUGCAGCACCACGGCAUGCAGGGACCCGGCCCAGUGAUGCCGCCUCAAGGCCCGCCUCCGCACGGUCCGCCUCACGGUCCUCCGAUGAACAGUCUGCCGCCUCACGGGCCGCCGCACGGCUACGGCCCGCCGCAGGGUAUGCAACCCCCGUACGGCGGCCCGCCGCCGGAUCAUCGCGGCGACAUGCCGCAACUGUCGGAGCAGGAGUUCGAAGACAUCAUGUCGAGAAACAGAACCGUCAGCUCGUCGGCUAUACAAAGGGCCGUUUCGGACGCAGCAGCGGGUGAAUACGCGAGCGCGAUCGAGACGCUGGUGACCGCGAUAUCGCUGAUAAAACAGUCGAAGGUCGCAAACGACGACCGAUGCAAAAUUCUCAUCAGCUCGUUGCAAGACACGCUGAGAGGCGUCGAAGAGAAAAGUUACAGCUCCGGCGGCAGAAGGGACAGGUCGAGGUCCAGGGACAGGCCGCACAGGAGAAGGAGGGACAGGUCCAGCUCCAGGUAUCGCGACAGAAGCAGGGACAGGGAACGCGAAAGGGACAGGGAUAGGGACCGCGACCGUUACUACGCCGACAGUUACAGGGAACGCGACAGGGGCGACAGAGGGGACAGGGGCGACAGGGAAAGGGACCGUUCCAGAAGCAGGGGCGAGAGACCGGAGAGGGAAAGGGAGCGGGACUACAGGGAAAGGCCUGCGGAAGAAGAGGCGUUAAAACUAAACGAGAUAAACACGAUCAGUUCCAGAGUGUCGAGGUCGAGGAACAAAUCGCCGGCCGACAACGCGGACGCCGCCGGCGACGCGCCGUCGAAGUCGCGCUACUACGAGGACCGCUAUCGGGACAGGGAGUCGCGACGCGAGAGCGACCGCGAACGCGACAGGGAGCGUCGCGACGACACCCAUCGCUCCAGACACUAACAAAAACAAUAGAACGUUGCGUAUUAAUUACCCAAUACGCGUUCUUUUCUUUUUUCGGUAAAUGCUACCGAUCGCGGCUUUUUCGAAAGAGUUUUCCAAAAAUUCCUAUUUAACAAUUUUUUAUCACCAAAUAUCGCCGAUUCUAUGGCACGCCGUUUUAAAUAAUUUGUUUUAUUUACAAUUUUAUUGCUUUCAAAUUAUAACUAAAAAUUUAAAUAUACAUAAUUUAUUUGGUCAGAAUAUUUUAUAAAAAUAUUUAGAUUAAAUUGUUUUUUACUAUUUAAAAAUAGUGUCUACCAAAAUAGUUUAAUAAGUUAUUUUUUUAAAUCUCAAAACAAUUGAUAAUCAAAAAAAUAUUUUAAAUAUUAAAGUUUAAGUUUAAAAUAUUGGUUUUUAAAAAUUGUUUAUAAAAUAUUUUAUUCUACAAAAUUAUUGGUUUAAAUUUGUAAAGAGUCAUUUAAAUGAUAGUUGAUCAAUUUUAAAGUGGUUAUUUUUGGAUUAAAAAGUUGUCAAUUAUCAUUUAAAUGACUCUUUACUAUGAGGCGCCGUUUGGGCCAAUAUAAAAUAAAGUAUUUAUAUAUAAAUUUUUAUCUAUGAUUGAAAAUAUUCUUGAUAUAUAAAAGAUUUCAAUUGUGUGAUUUAAGUUUACUUGUGAUUGAUAUAUUUUAAAGCUUUCGCAAUAUACCGUGUGCAAUGAGGGCGCCACUUCAAUGUUCGUAAACAUUAAUGGAUGGAAAUUUCUAUCCUUGAUUGAAAAUAUUCUAGAUAUAUAAUUGUAAUUUUGUAAUUAAAAUUCGCUUGUAAAUGAUUUAUUUUAAAGUUUCCACAAUAUACCGUGUGCAGUGAGAGCACCACUUUGAUGUUCGUAAAUAUUUUUGACAUAAUUGUCAUUUAACAUUGCCCGUUAUUUAUUUUUAUUAAACUUAACAUUUAUUUAUAAUUUAAAAUAUUAAAAUGGCUGUAAAAUAUUAUUAAUUUUAGCAAUAAAAAACCCAAAGGUUAAAAUAUUUUCUUAACAUAAUAAUAUUUUGAAGUUAUUUUAAUAUUUUAAAGUAUCAAUAAAUGUUAAGUUUAUUAAAAUAAAUAACGGGCAAUGUUAAAUGACAAUUAUUUCAAAAAUGUUUACGAACAUAAAAAUUGACGUCCUCACUGCACACGGUAUAUUGUGGGAGCUUUAAAAUAAAUCAUUUGCAAGCCAACUUAUAUCACAUAAUUAAAAUCUUUUAUAUAUCAGGAAUAUUUUCAAUCAAAGAUAAAAAUGUUUACGACCAUCGAAGUGGCGCCCUCACUGCACACGGUAUAUUUUGGAGGCUUUAAAAUAAAUCAAUCACAAGCGAAUUUAUUUCACACAAUUAAAACCUUUUAUAUAUCAACAAUAUUUUCAAUCAAAGAUGAAAAUUUAUAUAUAAACACUUAAUUUUAUAUUGGCCCAAACGGCGCCUCAUACUUUACAAAUUCAAACCAAUAACUUUUAUUUUUAACAAAUUUAAAUUGAUACAUUUUGACACAAAUAAAAAACACUGCGCGUCAAAAUUAAAGCAUAACAAGUAAAAAAAUCCAACUCUAAAACGCCAAUCUUUAUAAAAUUUUAUAUAAAAAUACUUCAACUUCAAGCACUUUUAUUUAAUAAUAAAAAACGCUCAAAAUUAAACUUUUAUAGGGAAUCUUUUUUUUCAAGUAAAUAAAAAAUUUUGUACAAAUCAAACGAAAAUACAGUCGUCAAAAAUUACCACUUUACGGCAAAAUAAUCAAACCAACUUUGAAGAGCUGUAUCUUCGUAACUGUUCGUUUGAUUUUUACAAAAUUUUCAAGGUAUACUAACAAAAAUACGGUCUUUAACAGCCUAUUUUUUAUUUUUCGAACGUUUUUUUAAUGAAAUAAAAGGGCUUUAAAAAUAUUUUCUCGAAAUAAACGUAAACUGAGAUAUAAGUUGAAGUGUUUUUAUACAAUUUUUUUAAAGAUUGGUAAAGGCGUUUUAGAUCUUUUUACGUGUUAUGCGUUAAUUUUGACGCGCAGUGUAUUUGUGUUUAAAAUGUAUCAAAUUAAAUUUGUUAAAAAAAAAGUUUUUGGUUUAAAUUUGUAAAGAGUCAUUUAAAUGAAAGUCGAUACAUUUUUUCACAAUACAUUUUAAUUUUAAAGUGGUAAUUAUUGUAUUAAAAAUUUAUUGAAUAACAUUUAAAUGACUUUACAAAUUUAAACCUGAUAAUUUUGUAGAAUGAAAUAUUUGUACUAAAAUUUUUUUUUAAUCAAUAUUUUUAAGCUCAAAGUUUUACAGUUGUAUUUUAUAUUUAAAAUAAUUUUGAGUUUAAAAAAAAUUAACUUUGUUAAACUUUAAUCUUCACACUAUCAUCUAAUAAAUGAUAAUACGGAUUCCAAAUUUGUUGACAUUUAGCACAAGUAUAUUGUCGAAAAUUUCCAAUAAAAAUUUAUGGUUAAGGAGGUGAAGAUCGACGAUAUUUGAUUAUAAAAAAAUGUCAAAUUCCGAUAAGUUUUCCCGAAAUAUUUUUUCAAAAAAGCCGCGAUUCGGAACAAAUACCCAUUUUUAACUAAAUAUAUGUCGUAAUCGUUACGUAGUGCAUCUAACGUGUGCUGAGCGUGCGCAAUGCGAUUUCGGCGGUGUGGUAAAGCGCAUGUCAUAAUAAUGAUUUAUAAUAAUAAAAAUGAGAAAAUUCAUUUUUGGAGAGCUCAAAUGUUUGACAUUCAAAACUGAAUACCUGCUUGGGGAAAAGCAGGUAGCGUAAUUUUGCGACGUUUCCCACACCUUCGCAUCGGUUGCGCGCAUUUUUGUAGGUUUAAAAUUGUAAUUAGAUUCCGUUAAUUUUUGUAAUCUAUAUAUAUAUCAAAAAACUUAUUAAUUUGCUUGUAUGUAUAAUUUUAAUGUGUCUGAAGAACGAAGAAAGAAGAUAUCUCCAAAGAUAAGAAGAAUGUAUGUUUGAGAUAAAAAAAAUUGGUUUAGACUUAAACUGGGUUUUUAUUUAUUGUAUAAUAAGACCAUUGAUUAUGUUAUAAAAAUGAAAGUACACAUUUCUCGAAUUUACUAAUUGAAAAUGUCUGCUUUUAUUUUGUACCAUUUUAUCCUUAUUUUAGUAUAAUUUUAUUUUGUUUUAUUUAUUACUUUACAAUUUGCAAAGUACCCUUUUUAUUUAGUUUUAAUCAAGGCUGUGAACUUAUUGUACCUUUUUAAUAUCAAUACACUUUUUUAACGUGUAUAUGUGCCUUUUUAGAGGAUGAAAUCUCAUUUAAAAAAAAAAUUAAAAUUAUAAAUAUUU